CCGGCGCAGUUGCCAUUUAUUACUAUUAUGUGCAAGUAAUUAUGUAUAUUUGGGCCGUCAUGAGUGUUGCUGGUGAAACACUAAUUGGAAAUUAAUUUGAAAUAUGUUGAGUUUUAGCCAUUCGAGCCAUUAACUAGCAUGUGCAUAUAAGCUUUGUCAAAAACGUGCGAGCGGCUUAAACGAUCGCUGGCGCUAAAGCUGUUAAAGUGUUGAAGUGUCGAUCUCGAAAAAUUUAACGUAAAUAAAAUUUAUAGCAGAGCAUAUAAAAAACGCGAUGAAUUACUUUUCGAGUGUUCUAUGCUUGUUUUCAUUUCUUCAAUUUCUUGGCCUCAACAUUGGUGAACCAUUAUUUGGCUACGAAAAUGUCCACAUUAAAGUGCAUGUACCAGAAGAAAUAUCACAUAGUAUUCACGAAACAGUAAUUUAUGAGCCCGCUAAUAAAAUUACUAAUCAUCAUCAUCAACAACAACACCGCAAAUAUCCACGGAAAUCAGCACAAACACAAAUACGACAUAAUCAAUAUGAUAAUUUACUGGAGGAUAUCUUAUUAGCGGACUUUAAAACUCCAACAGAUAAUACACAUUUUGAAUAUGUGAAACCUGAUGAUGAUAUAAAUGAGCAUUUAAGCCAACACACAGAAAGUUAUAGUAAUGACUAUGAUAAGGCGGCAUAUAAGAGACCAGUAAAAUAUAUAAACACCUAUAAAGUGAUCGAAUACAAGGAACCAAUUAAAAGCAAAAAUGUAUACCCACCACAACAUCAACACAAACGCCAACAUAAAACGAAAACACAUAAUGAGCUAUAUAAAAUUGCUGAGUCGAAAUAUCUACCACCAACUGCAGGCGAAGAGGAGCUACGCAACACAGUCGAUAGCAUAGAGCUUUACCAUUACCCAGUCAAAACGCAAACAAAGUCUACAAAACCGCUCACUCACACGAAAUUGAUUAAAUAUCAAGAAAAGGUGAACGAUUACCAUAGCUUUCAGUCCGCCCACAAUAUAGAACCGCCUUAUUACUCGCAUAACGCUGAUCCAAGUCCACUUGCUGGUUUUAAGCUGAACACGAAUAUUUAUUUGCCACCAUACGAUACACCGGCACUGUCAGCGGAUCAUACAGACACAGCCGCAGAUGAUUUGUUAAGACCCAAAGAAACUCUCACUUUGCCCAUUAAAGAGGCAGCAGACUUUCAUGGCCCAUUUCAGACUCAAGCCUUUAAUAACGGAGAUUUUAAGCCCUUCAUUGGCGACAUGUACCUACCUGUUGGGGAAGAAAGCCCCAUUACACAUGGAGCAGCUGAGACUUACACGGGCAUCGAUAGCUAUUCUGCAAGUCAUGUGCAAGGCCUAGAUUAUCUCAGCAAUUCACCCUAUCGACGCUGGAGUUCGUUUAUUUAAUUAGUUUUAAUUAUAACUGUGUAAAUGUACUUUUAUAUAUAGACCACACUAACUUAAGUGUGAAUAAGUGUUAAAUGUAUGUUAAUUUAUUUAUAGAGGUAUGUAUGUAUCUUUCAGGCAUACGUAAAUUGAUUUGAAAUUAUUUAUAAUAUGUAGUAUAUGUGUAAGCUAUGUACAUAUCUAGAAAGAGUCUUAAGUUGAUUAGCUAAAUAAGCGUAUAAAAUCGAUACGCAUAAUAAAAAUAGUAAAAAAUAGUAU